CCGCUGCCGAUGCCACACUCUACCGAUCGAGCCCAACAUGGCACGUUCCUCCCAUCUCGUCGCUUCCACCGCCACCGCUCUGCUCCUCCUCCUCCUCUUCCUGUCGUCGCACUCCUGCCGCGCGGCGAGCCGCAGCGGUAAGAACCCGACCGCCGUGGUGCUGCCGGUGCGCAAGGACAGCGCGACGCUGCAGUACGUGACCGGGUUCCGGCAGCGCACGCCGCAGACGCCCGUGACUGCCGUGCUCGACCUGGGCGGCGCCACGCUCUGGGUGGACUGCGACCCCGGGUCGUACGCGUCCUCCUCCUACGCCCGCGUGCCGUGCGCGUCCAAGCCGUGCCGCCUGGCCCGCACGGCCGCCUGCGCCACCAGCUGCGUCGGCGCGCCGUCCCCCGGGUGCCUCAACGACACCUGCGGCGGGUUCCCCGAGAACACCGUCACGCGCGUCGCCACCGGCGGCAACCUGAUCACCGACGUGCUGUCCGUGCCCACCACCUUCCGCCCGACGCCGGGGCCGCUCGCCGCCGCGCCGGCGUUCCUGUUCGCCUGCGGCGCCAAGUUCCUCACCGAGGGCCUCGCGUCGGGCGCCGCCGGCAUGGCGUCGCUCAGCCGCGCCCGCUUCGCGCUCCCGACGCAGCUCGCCGCCACCUUCCGCUUCUCGCAGAAGUUCGCGCUCUGCCUCCCCUCGACCACCUCCGCCGGGGUCGUCGUCUUCGGGGACGCGCCCUACGCGUUCCAGCCCGGGGUGGACCUCUCCGCCGGCUCGCUCCUCUACACGCCGCUCCUCGUCAACAACGUGAGCACCGCGGGGGUGUCCGGCAGGGGGGACAAGUCGACCGAGUACUUCAUCGGCGUGACGGCCAUCAAGGUGAACGGCCGCGCCGUGCCGCUCAACGCCACGCUGCUGGGAAUCGACAAGCAGGGCGUGGGAGGCACCAAGCUGAGCACGGUCGCGCCAUACACCGUGCUGGAGAGCUCCAUCCACAAGGCGCUCACCGACGCCUUCGCGGCGGAGACGGCCAUGAUCCCUCGCGUGGCCGCCGUGGCGCCGUUCAGGCUCUGCUACGACGGGAGCAAGGUGGGGAGCACCCGCGUCGGUCCGGCCGUGCCGACCGUGGAGCUGGUGCUGCACAACGAGGCCACGUCGUGGGUGGUGUUCGGGGCCAACUCGAUGGUGGCCGCCAACAAGGGCGGCGCGCUCUGCCUCGGCGUGGUUGACGGCGGCCCCGCCCCGCGGACGUCGGUGGUGGUCGGCGGCCACAUGAUGGAGGACAACCUGCUGGAGUUCGACCUGCAGCGGUCGCGCCUCGGGUUCAGCUCAUCCCUGCUCUUCCGGCAGACGACUUGCAACAACUUCCGCCUCGGCUAGGAAUGGCUGCAGCCUGUACUUGUAUGUACAGUACGUCCGAGUGGCAGAAGAUGAAGAUGUGAUUUGCUUCCUCAGACUUCCACCAAGUUCCUUUCUUUGUGUAUCUCGGCCCUGGGUUUUGACUACUUGAAUAAUCAAUAAGUUUAUGUGGCAGCUAAA